AUGGGUAGGGUGGCCUUGCAAAUUAAUUCUAUUAUUCGUUUUGGUUUCAAUCGGAAUAGUAUUACUUCUUUUCUUUGGGAUCCUUGGCUCUUUGGGAAAUCUGUUAUGACAGUAUUCCCCAGCUCCAAUUUAGAUAGCCUCAUUCCUUUGCAUGCCAUGGUUUCUGAUUAUUUGAGGGAUGAUGGCUGGCUGUUGCCUGCUGUGGUUUCGGACACUAUUGCAAUUUCAUUACAGCAUUUUAAAUUUAACCAGGAAACAAAUGGCACUUUAUUUUGGCAAGACAGUAAUAAGGCAUGUUUUUCCUCCUUCAUUAAAUACUAUCAUAGAGAGGAGGCUAAGGUGGAUUGGUAUAAUCUGGUGUGGCACAAACAUUUUGCUGUUAAAUACUCUUUUUAUACCUGGUUAGCUAUUAAUAACGGGUUGAAAACGGCGGAGGAACUUUUAAAAAGAACAAUUAGGGUUCCACAAUCCUGUUCUUUAUGUUUUGUUCAUUCUGAAACUACUGGGCAUUUACUCUACGAAUGUGACUAUGCUUUCUCUGUUUUGCAAAACCUGAUUCCUAUGGUUAUCAAAACUGCAGUUGAGGCAAAAUUAGCAAACUGGAAGCAUACUGAAAAUUUGAGAAUUUCUUGGGCUGGUUAA